CGACAUCACGAAGCUACUAUCAUGACUAAAAGAAAGAGGAAGCUUCAAAAUCGAAUUGAACGUGAUGCCCAAAUCGAACCCGAAAUCACAGAGGAGAGAGACGAAGUUGAAGACGAAGGAGCCGAAUCUCAUGAUUCUAGUGUUGAUGAAGAUGACUGUCCAGUUAUCGUGGAAGAUAGCAGAGGAUAUACAGAGGUGGAACCAUGUUUGGCUGAAAAUGAAGAGGAAGAAGAUGAUGGUCUCAUCGAUGUUGAAAUCUGCAACAACUUAGAAGACCAUUUUGGGCAGGAUGCGUGUGAAGAAGCAACUGGUGAAAAUUCUGAUGACAGUGGAGACGACAUUUGGGACGACGACAAGAUCCCUGAUCCAUUAUCCGACGAUGACCAAGAGGAAGUUUCUGGGCAAAGGUUCUUGUUCUUUGUGUUCUUCAUAGCUUCGUGAUGUCGGGAAUCGUUCACAAUUGACUUCAAUUUCUGGGUUGUCGUUUUUAAAAUCGCCUAAGAACCCUAGGUUUGAAUUUGGGGGAAGAAGAAGAAUAAUUUAGGAUUUUUUGG